ACCCCGGAAGUAGGAAGUUGUGACUUUGUUUUGCGUUCCACAGAGUGACAAGGAGAAUUUGACUUUGAGAAAUCCACCUGAAGGAUGGUGACCGUGGGCCUGUCACGAGUGGAUGAUGCAGUGGCUGCUAAGCACCCGGGAUUAUCAGAAUAUGCUGGCUGUCAAUCUCAUGCCUUUAUGAAAGGUAUUGGAACAUUCAUAACAGGUUCAGGAGCCGCACUGUUUACCCAGAAAUUGCUGAAUACCCGUCUGCCUUAUCCAUUGCAGUGGAGCAUUCUUAUAUCUGUGGUUGCAGGGUCCGUCGCCAGUUAUGCAGUGACCAGAAGAGAGACUCAGAGAUGCUCUGACUUGUGGAUUUAUCUGGAAACUGGAGACACACCACAACCCCUCGACAAAGAAAAACCUCACGAAAAUCCAGCUCUGGGGAAAACCAAAUAUGGUGAUCACAUGGACUGAGGCAGAUGAUUUCAUCGGGAACAAUAAUGGAAUUGUCUAUGAGAGAAAAUCUUAGGAUUUUUCUUCACUGUGUGAGGACAGAUAAUGGGGAGCAAUGCAUCGUGGGAAAUCUACGCAGGGGGUUGUUUAUUGCGCCUGUGGGUAAAUGCUAAUGAUAAAAUGUUUCUUCCCAAAAUGGCUUUUCUCUGACUGUAUGUGCAGGUUGUGACAUGGAUCCCCUGGAGACAGGACCUCCCAUGCACUCCAGAUCUGAUGUUCCUUUCACAGUGAUGUACGCACAGGGCCUACGCUAAGGAAACGUAACCAAUACAUAGAGAGAAGGACAUGUUACACAGCG